AUGGAGAUAUUACCGGAGCCGGCGGUUCCGGUCUCCCACGUUCGGACAAAUGGUGGCAAUAGGGCAUUCCACAACUUCUUCAACGACUUCAGUCAUAUACAAGAUCCCAACUUGAGAAGGAGGCUGGCCCUCUCGGAAAUAGACAAGAUACCCUUUGGAUUGUACCAUAUAAGGGCGAUAGUGGUGGCUGGUAUUGGCUUCUUUUUGGAUUCCUAUGACAUUUUUGCGAUCAACUUGAUUACAACCUUACUUGGUGUUGUCUUUUGGCACGGGUCGCCAGACGAUGCGAAGAACGGAUAUGGCGGCAAUUUCGGGACCUUGCCAACACCGGUCAGUACGACCCUCAAGGCGUCAACCAGUGCUGGCAUAGUGAUCGGACAAUUGCUGUUCGGUUGGCUUGCGGAUGUAUACGGUAGGCGGCGAAUGUAUGGUGUGGAACUUGGGAUCAUUGUGGUUUCUACGCUGGCAUCUACAUUAGUUGCACCAAGCCAGUCAAUGAGCUUCACAGGAUUGAUGACAUUCUGGCGAGUCAUCAUGGGAGUAGGAAUUGGAGGCGAUUAUCCCUUAAGCUCUGUCAUCACUUCCGAGUUUGCUCCCACACGAUGGCGAGGUGCUAUGAUGGCAGCUGUGUUUAGUAUGCAGGGACUUGGUCAGCUCCUAGCCGCCAUCGUCGCUCUGAUCGUAACAACCGCUUUCAAAGACGCUUACCAUGGCGCGCCUAACGUUGCUUCAUGCGACUAUGCAUGUCAAACUGCCGCCGAUCGGUCUUGGAGAAUUAUUGUUGGCGUGGGAGCUAUUCCAGCAUGUUUCGCCCUCUAUUACAGAAUCACCAUUCCCGAGACACCUCGCUACACUUUCGAGGUAGCAAAAGACGUCGAGCAGGCAGAUGCAGAUAUCAAGGCAUACGUGGCAAGCAAAUCAGAAGGGGAGGUGGACGAACUCAAGCGAGCAAGAAUGAAGAAAGUCGCCUCGCCGGCAUUGGACAUCCCCAAAGCGUCCUGGUCGGACCUCAUCUCAUAUUUUAAAGUGUGGAAAAAUGCCAAAACCCUUAUUGGCACCACUUUGUCUUGGUUCUUCCUAGACCUUGCAUUUUAUGGUCUCGGGCUUAACAACUCCAUAGUACUGCAUGCUAUUGGAUAUGCCAGUGGCAACUCUCUGUACGAACAGCUUUACAACAAUGCUCUUGGUACUAUUAUCCUUACAGUCGCUGGUUCGCUUCCCGGAUACUGGAUGGCGAUCUUCACAAUUGAUACAAUCGGCCGCAAGCCACUUCAGAUUUUCGGCUUCAUAUUUCUGACCAUAAUAUUUUGCGUUUUAGGAUUCUAUUACUGGCAUCUCAAUCAAAGCGCAAUGCUGGCCUUGUAUGUGAUUGCACAAUUUUUCUUUAAUUGGGGACCGAAUACCACGACAUUCAUUGUCCCGGGUGAAUGUUACCCAACACGCUACCGAUCUACAGGUCACGGACUGUCAGCAGCAAUGGGCAAAAUAGGGGCCAUUAUCGCACAAGUCGUGUCUAUUCCCCUGCUGAGCAAAGACUCUGAACCAAACUGUACCGGAAGCCACUGCUCGCCUUGGUUGGAUAGACUGAUGCAGAUCUUCGCGUUGUUCAUGUUAUGCGGAACGCUCGUCUCUCUAUUGAUCCCAGAGACGAAGGGGAUGACGCUCGAAGAGCUCGCCGGUGAAGCACCUACCUCAUACAACGCGGGCCGCAACGGAAGUAUCAUUGCUCCAAUCAAGAAAUGGUGGAAUCCGUUCGGCGGUGGACGGCCCGCGGGGUUCUUUUACCCAAAGGCUGGCAAUUGGGGACAAAAUCAGCGUGUAGGCAUUAUGACUUCACCUGAGAUCGCAGCGCAACAGGCGCGAGACAUGAGGAAGACCGCCAAGAAUUGGAGGCGGCAAAGGGGCGAUAGCGAUGAUACUGGUGGUUAUGAUUUCGAGAGCACUAGCUCCACGACCGGGAUUGUUGGCCCAAGUCAUAUGGGGCAGCAAAGAGAGAAUCGAGGCUAUGGGGGUGUGUUUCCUGGUUGGGGUGUUGGAUGGGGAAGGAUAGAUCGUGGCGGCAAUCCAACCUCGGUUGAGAACAUAGGCUUGCGAGACGUUGGGAAUUUACUUCGCUGA